UGCAGAAUGCGGAACCCGGGGAGGGGAGAGGAGAGAAGGAGGAGGAGGGACGAGGAGGAGGAGAGAGGCUGCUGUUACGUGAGGUUUCUCCUCCACUCUGCUUGGACAGCCGACCUCGACAGUCGGACAUCACAGCCGUUUCAGUACAAAACGACAGCAGGCAUCCACAGAGCGGGAGACACUGUGUGUGUGUGUGAGAGAUUAACGCACACGAGCUGUCAACAGCAGGGGUUGCGUGUAUGAGUAGAGAUAGCGGGUGUGUGGGUGUGGAUGGGGUUUAGACAGCAGUCUUUCAACAGCACUACCAUAGGCACGCGGGUACAGGUGAGGUCUACAGGUAAGGAGGCUCAGGUGAGUGUGAGGUGGUUUAUGUAAAAUCAGGUGCGUUGGUACAGGUUAGGUGUGCCAGCUAUUGCCGGUGAGCUGUUUGAGGUGAGCUGUUUUAAGCGAGCUGUCUCAGGUGAGCUGGCUCAGGUGAGGUGGCUCAGGUGAGCUAGUUCAGGUGCGGUGGCUCAGGCGAGGUGGCUCAGGCGAGGUGGCUCAGGUGAGCUAGUUCAGGCGAGGUGGCUCAGGCGAGGUGGCUCAGGCGAGGUGGCUCAGGUGAGCAGGGUUAGCCGGAGCACAGGUGAGCACGGAUCGAAGCGUUUGAGCGAAACGCCGAGGGUGAUUUGGUGCGGAUUGAGAGCCGAUUGCUGGGCCCACUUUCCCAGGUGAGACGGGGAGGGGCAGGAACCCACACUCGUAGCCACCCACAGGUCAGCCCCCACUCCAGGUGGGCUGGUGAGUGGGAGGAUCCGGUGAGUGGGUUCUUUCAUACUGGUGGGGGUGGGGAGAUGAGAUAGUAGUUUGCUUGGCGGGGGUCGUCAGUUUUCUUCCGUUAUCGGUUUUGGCGCCAGGCAGGUAGGCAGGUAGGCAGGCAGGUAGGUAGGCAGGUUAGUGACAUUCAUGGUGUUUUGGUAGGUGGCUGGGCGAGUAAGUCAGUCGCUAACCAGGUGGGCGUGUCUGUCAGAAAGAAAGCAAGUUAGGACGGAAGUAGCCAUCAAGGUGGGUGAGCAGCAAGGUGGACCGGCAGGUAACCAGGUAGAAAACCAGGUGGGUGAGUCGCGGGGUUAGAGCGGGUGAGUAAACGAGUGGGUGGACAGGCAGCUGGGUGAGUAAGCGACUGAGCGGGUGGGUGGGUGGGAAAGUCGUUUGAAUCUUCACCCGUCCGAAGAUCACUCGCAUUGCCCCGGGAGCCAUGGCAGAGGCUGCGCUGCAGAAACUGCUGCAAGUCGAUGGGAACGAGGAGUGCGCCGAUUGUGGGGUCUCAGGUCCCGAGUGGGCAUCGUACACCCUGGGCGUCUUUCUGUGCCUGGAAUGCUCGAGCAUCCACGCGAACCUGCGGGACACCAGCAAGGUCAAGUCCACUCGCGCGGACAAGUGGAACGACGAGCAGGUGCAGUUCAUGGCAAGCCUCGGAAACAAAGCGGUAAAAGCGAAAUACGAGAAGCACGUCCCCCCGUUCUACUAUCGGCCGAAACCCAACGACUGCCAAGUCGUGCGGGAGCAGUGGAUCAGAGCGAAGUACGAGCGGCAGGAGUUCAUCUUCAUUGACCGGCAGGAGCCGUAUUCGGCAGGCUACAGGGAAGGCGUGCUGUGGAAGAGGGGCCGUGACAACGGCCAGUUCCUGCAGAGGAAGUUCAUUCUGUCGGAGAAGGAGGGCAGCUUGAAGUACUUCACCAAGUUUGAUGGAAAGGAGCCCAAAGCCACGGUGAAGAUCGCGGACAUCAACCCCACUUUUCAACCGGUGAAGAUUGGAAACCCCAACGGCCUGCAGAUCACCUACCUGAAGGAUUUCAGUACCCGCAACAUCUUCAUCUACCACGAGGAAGGAAAGGAAAUCGUCGACUGGUACAACGCUAUCCGAGCUGCGCGCUUUCACUACCACAAGGUGGCGUUCCCCGGAAGCCAAGACGCGGAUUUAAUCCAAAAACUCUCCAGAAAUUACAUCAAAGAAGGAUACAUGGAGAAGACAGGGCCAAGGCAAAGGGAGGGGUUCAAGAAGAGGUGGUGUACUCUGGAUGCCGCCGACCGUCGCCUCAUGUACUUUAAGGACCCACUGGAUGCAUUUGCCAAGGGCGAGGUGUUCAUCGGGCAUUCGGACCACGGCUACUCGGUGCAGGAGGGCCUGCCCGGCGGCACACAGGGCUACCGGUGGCAGUUCGGCAUCACCAUCACCACGCCUGACCGGGGCUUCCUGUUCGCGUGCGAGAAGGAGGCGGAUCAGCAGGAAUGGAUCGGCGCCUUCAAGAGCAUCAUCGCUCGCAGCAUGUGCCCGCAGGACUACGUCAUGGAAGCAUACUUCAAGCACAAGCCAUGAGGCCGCCGCGCGCUGCUGGGACCGGAACUUCUUCGCCCCCCUCCCCCCAACUCGUGCCACUAGUCAAACGCAGCGCGCCCGAAUCAAAUAACGCCGAAGUGGAACGUAUUCAGGAGAUAAAGCAUUCUAGGAAAAGAUCCCACAGUGCCCUGCAAGCCCGCCCAACAGUGGGCAGGUAUUAUGUACAGCGACCUGGUAUAGUUAGCGUUAAACGAGUACUUACCUGGUGCGGUGUGUGUAAAAGCUUAGCGCUGGGGAGAAAAAGGCAGUCGGGGCGUGGUGCAGGCCACACCACCGACUUGGUAUGCGUUGCCGCCCUUCAAAUGUACUCGCUAACAGCACUUACCCCAACAGUAUAAAAAGGCGAUAGGGGGAUCAUUGUCUAUAUACACGGCAUAUCUAGUGACGUCACCAGUUAUAAUUUCGUGUUAAUUUUUCAUCUUAUUUGGAAAUUAUAACCGUUGCUAUGACGCCUGAAGCUGUUGUAUAAGAACAGCCUUCCCUGUAAUAGUUGUGGCCUCUGCAUGGCCCAUGCAUCAGGCAGCUGUAUGCACACAGACCCUUCCUGGGGUAUGAAAGCAAGGUUGCAUCCAGCCAUCGGUAAGGGUUUCCACAUUUUACACGAAAAAAACCUCAUUCAUAUGUAUUAAUACUUCAUUCAAAGAGCCAUGUCCUGACAAAUAGGAUUUUUGGAUAACGAUGGUUAAUCACACGAGAUAUUUUGGAGUCACUAAGAGUCAAAGUAGUGACUCGGAGAACCGUCUGAUAUAUAUAAUUUAGGGACGGAUGGCAACCCUUGUCACCGGGCCAACCUGAAACAUUUCCAAUAAACCAGCCUGUGAGCUGGGCCAUUAUCGUACCCUCGGCCCAACUGUCAGCUCCAAUCGGCUGGCAAAUUUAAAAGCAGAACUCCAUCAUGUUCCUCCACAGAAAAUUACAACAAAUGUCUAAAACCAUCACCCUUAUUGGCUUUGCAGACUGAUAUUAUUAAGCAACAUUUGUUAAAGCAAGCAAACGCUGUGGAUGGGUUUCAGCCUGCUCGGCCUCGCUCAUCAGCAGUCAGGCUGGGGUCUGGAAACCCAAUGGAUUGAUGGCCUAAAACGUCAUUUUAUUUAUAUGAGUGGCAAAUAGGAGUUGUGGUGGUCCAACUUUCACAGCCAUCAAGCAAAUUCCAUGUGUACCUGGGGGCUCAACCCACCGCUACAAACCUGCGCAGUCUGAGUAUGUUCCAUGCUCAGUUGGCCGGUGUGCAUUCGUUUCUCCCUCCGAAUGGGGGGGGGGGGUGGGGAAUCUGGUUGACGGGAUCGGAUUCCAGCUUCGAAACAGGCAUCCGCUGCAUCUGUCGCAAACAAGAUUGUGUGUUCCUCUCUGUCCUUCCCUCACCCCCCCCCCCCCCCCCCGCCGCUAACGGACAACGUACAGUGCUGCCGAGACGACAGACCCAGACCUAUGCAUCUCGCUGUGAUACCCGUGAUCAAUAAUGCUGUGCCAAAAUGCGAUACCAGGGGUGUCAAACACACAAGUUGUGAGCAAUGCUUGAUCGGUUUCUGUGAGAAGCCUUGCUGAGAGUGUUUUCCAGGCUACUCGUAUUUCAAUUGUGGUUGUCCCAUGGAUAGACUUGAUACCAUCAUAGGAAUGUGGAGUUUUCACCACUGGCCAGGAGCCACCAACUUAAUCAAAUGAGCGCCAGCCACGUAGAUCAUUUCAAUUUUUUUACGAAAAUCUAAAUCACGUCUUUUAAUUGCAAUCCAUAAUAGGCACAUACCCACACAAUCAGUGCAUAAAGCAAGCUGAGCUAAAUGAAUACAGAAGUCGCUCAAAAAUUACAAUAUAUUCGCAAAGGUGGCGGCAAAUUCCUUGAAUGUCGUGCCUUGAAGGUAGGAAGGUGGAUCGUGCGAACGGCAUGCUUGAUGGUUAAAUGGCGGACUAGCAAGUAGGCUACCGACCUCUCCACAUACAGCAAGUCCUCGUUUAACGCUGUUGAUGUGUUCCUUAAAAGUACGGCGUUAAGCGGAGACCGCGUUUAACGGAAACAUUUCCCCGUAAAUAAAGUAAAAACUAAACUUCCGCGCGAUACAAUGUACGCACACGCAGUAAUAUAGCGGGAAAAAUAACUGAGGGUACGCCACCGCGUCACUGUCAUUCCGCAUACUGUAUCAUACCGCUCAAAAAACGUGUUAUAACAGGCGCGUUCCGCAUUGUAACCAGACGCGUUCUGCGCGAUAACGGGGAGCGUUCGGUGAAAAGUGUUCCUACGUGGAAUCACCGCGUUAUAGCAAGGUGUUGUGUGAACAUGAUUUGAAUGACUUACCGUAUACAUUUUGCAAUGCCUUCUUUUAGUACUACCUUUCAAGUGUUCCGCUUUGUGUGGGACGAACCCGGCAUUACCGGAAAUAACCCACUCAGCAUACGGCAGCCCAACACUCAAAAGGUGCCGCACAAAUGGGUAUAUGAACACACUUUACUACCAUCUCCAGGCCAAGUGGCAGCUGCCCAGUGGGUUUGGACAUUUCACAAACCUCUGGAAGAUCCACCAACCCCUUACAUCUCCAACAGCGCUGGAUCGCAGGCCUUGAGCCACCACAUGCCCACUGUCUUGAGACUCGACGGUUUGCUGCAUGAGUGUAUUCGUCGUCGCCUCGAUUCUGAUUUUUUUUUCUUCAAAGUUCCAUCGGCGCUCGAGAACACGCCUGGUAAUGUCACAAAGGAGUUGGGCACCCCUGGGUUGCCACACCGUGGUAUUUGAUUUAUUACUUGAAGUGCUGUUUUCUAUGGUUUAAUCGCCGGUUUUCAUAUUUUUCAUGUUUUUUUUAGCAUAUCUUAAUUUAGGCGUUUUGCAUACGAUGAAACUAAACUGAGCAAUACCAUAACCCACUUCUUUAUCUCAGUUUUACUCGCAGAUUGAUUUAGUUCUCCGUAGGUAUUAGCGUAAUAGUUUUUCAGAGGUUGAAUUAUAGAAAAUCCAUAUUAAUCGUUUAAAUGAGGUGUACUUUUUGUUUGUUUGAAACGAUUAACAUUACUCCAUGCCACACGCGUUAAUCUUGUUGCUACUAAAGGUGUCAGUUAUGGUUUGGCUCGGCUUAACAUAAAAGUAAACCAAGUUUUAGAUAGAGAAUGGGGCUGCUGGAUAUUCUUAAGAUUUAAUAUUUUUGAUUGCUUAAGCUGUAUUAUUUUUACUUGUAAGGAUUCAUAUUGUGAUUAACAAACAUUAAUAAAUAACAAAUGAAAA